AAAGCAAAGCAGGCGAUAAUUUGACGCAAGCUUGCUCAUAAGAAGAAGCAUGGCGUCUAUCGCUAUCACCUGUAGUUGAUACGCCUUGAACAAGACUGUCAUUGCAAUAAGGGAUGAAGCAUAUAAGCAUACUUUGAUGUAAUCUUUGUUGAAUAAAGAGAAUUUGUAGAGGCCCGAAAGAAAAUUACGUUAACUAAAUGGAAUAAAAACAAAAAAAUAUUACAUUGCCCUUGCAUUGUUCUGGUAAAGUAAGGCAUUGCAUAAACACAAACGAUAUAUUUAAGGGUAAACUGUGCAACGACGCGCAGGGAGCAUAAAAUAAAACACUUCGAUGGUGCGUAACAAAACGCAAUCGACUUCAUCGUCCUCCUCAGGCAAUGCUAGCGGCAGCGCGAGCAAUAGUAGCAGCAGCACCAAGUCUCCUAUCCGCCAGAACAGCACCAAUAGCAACAAUAUAAGCAGUGGCGCGCGUACACACCGCAAAUCAUCUAGUACCUGUAGUGUUGUAUUAGCCGACGACUCAAAACCAGCAUCGUCUUCCAGCCGCCGCACACCAUCUCACGCUAACACCAAUAGGUCUUCGCAUACAGACGAGGAAACAGACGGGGAAUAUGACAAAACCCCUACUGACGGCGCCCCAUCGAUCAGUUCUGUGCACAAGCAAAAUCUUUAUAUCGUUUCAUUUCCCAUAAUUUUCCUAUUCAACAUUUUACGUUCGUUGAUUUAUCAAUUAUUUUGCAUAUUUCGCUACGUAUAUGGAGCGAGCACAAAAGUGAUCUAUCGGCCACACAAACGAGAGUGCAACAUUGAGAUUGUUGUCGGCUCAAAUAAAUCAUUUCAAACAUCUCAAAAUCAAAAUUCUAUAACAACUGAAGCUGAUAAAAAUCAAGUUGUACAAUAUCAUUCACGUAAUUCCUCGUUGGCUACUUAUCCGCUUGGUGGAGUGGGAAACAUUGCUGCAGUCGGAGGUCAACAGCGUUUUCGUUCUACGCAGCAACUUGAAAUGUCGGGAAGAGGCAGUACAUCUAAUUCACCGGGUCCUGGAGAUCCCUUAUUGGCGAAGCAAAAACAUCACCACCGUAGGGCGUUUGAGUACAUUUCAAAAGCUCUUAAAAUUGAUGAAGAAAACGAAGGACACAAAGAACUUGCCAUCGAGUUGUAUCGUAAAGGCAUUAAGGAAUUGGAAGAUGGAAUUGCUGUUGAUUGCUGGAGUGGACGUGGUGACGUAUGGGAGCGAGCACAACGUCUUCACGACAAAAUGCAAACAAACCUUUCAAUGGCUCGCGAUCGUUUACACUUUUUAGAAUUACGUGAAGAAGAAUUGAAUUUAAAUGCUCUAAAACUCAAAGAAACAGAAGCAAAGCAAUCUGACCAUAUACCACACACUAAUAAGGUGUUGAUGGUAUCACCAAUGGUGGUAAAUGGCGCAGUAUAUGGCACUACUGCCACCAAACGUUUGCCCUCAGCAAAGACUGAGUCGCGGUUACCUUGCACUAGUUAUCAAAAUAAUCUCAAAUCAAAUAGUAAAAUAAGUUCGGAUAGGUCUAAACCAAAUAGCUGCGGUACCAGCGCUGCCGGAAGUAAAUCAUCCCUAACAGCUUCGGGUCGCAAAUUGACAGUAAGCUCAAAACGUCCAGGAAAUCUGGCGGUUAUCAAUAAGUCUCAAACUUUACCACGCAACUUAGGGUCGAAGAAUGCGAGCAGCACUGCAAUACAGAGACAACCGGUCAAAACUGCGGCCACACCACCGGCAGUGCGCAGACAAUUUACAUCUGGUAGAAAUACGCCGCCUCAACGUGCUCGAACACCUAUAAAUUCAAGUUCCAACUAUGGUGGCCAAGGUAGUGGCAGUGGUUCCGCGCCUGCCGUAACUGUUAAAGGAGUAGAACAAAAAUUGGUGCAAAUAAUUUUGGAUGAAAUCGUAGAGGGAGGCGCCAAAGUGGAAUGGUCUGAUAUAGCUGGACAGGAAGUGGCUAAACAAGCAUUGCAGGAAAUGGUUAUUUUGCCCUCCGUACGUCCUGAGCUUUUCACAGGACUGCGCGCACCCGCUAAAGGUCUUCUUUUGUUCGGUCCCCCAGGCAAUGGUAAAACGCUAUUGGCACGGGCUGUAGCAACAGAAUGUAGUGCGACAUUUUUAAAUAUUUCCGCCGCCUCUCUAACCAGCAAAUAUGUAGGAGAUGGUGAAAAGUUAGUACGCGCACUUUUUGCAGUGGCACGUGAAAUGCAGCCAUCUAUUAUUUUCAUAGAUGAAGUUGAUUCGCUGCUAUCAGAGCGUAGUAGUAACGAACAUGAGGCCUCACGACGUCUUAAAACGGAAUUUUUAGUUGAAUUCGAUGGUCUGCCGGGAAAUCCCGAAGG